AUGCUGCGGUACACUCUCGGCGUGUGGUGCGUGAAGCCUGCGCGGGUACGUUGGCACCCCCUCGGCGCGUCGCACUUCGACGUCUGCGUCAUUGGCGCCGGGCCCGCCGGUAUCGCCGCCACACUUCGCGCCGUCGACUACAAGAAGCGUGUGUGCCUCAUUGAGGCGAGCCGAGUUGGCGGCUGCGACCUGUGGAACGGCGCGCUGCAGUCGAAGGUCAUGUGGGAGAUGUCGAACUUCUUGGUCAAGGCGAACGGCAGCGCUGCAAUGCGUGUGUACAACACCACAAUCUCGAACUUCAUGGAGCUUGACGAGGAGCGGAUGCGGGAGUGUCUCAUCCGCAGCAGCGAGAUGCGGGAGGCGCAGAUCCUCGCGGCCCUGCGCGCGGCCGACGUGUCGCUCAUGUACGGCCGCGCCUUCUUCGCGAGCUCGCACAAGGUAGAGGUGCGCAACCGCGAGACGAAGGAGUACCGCACGGUGACCGCCGACUACUUCAUCAUUGCCACUGGCUCCACGCCGAUGAAGCACCCGUUCGUGCAGAUCGACCAGAAGCGCGUCGUGACAUCCGACGAGCUGAUGAUGAUGCCGCUGCCGCGCAGCAUGGUGGUGGUUGGCGCCGGCGUGCUGGGCAGCGAGUUCGCCGCCAUUUACGCGCGGCUCGGCCGGACGAAGGUGUACCUGCUGGACAAGGCGGAGCGCAUCAUGCCGAAGGAGGACGACGACGUCGUGGCGGAGAUACAGGGCAGCAUGGAGGCGCACGGCGUGGUGAUCCACCAGGACGCGAUGCUGUACAACAUGCAGUCGUGGGAAGAGGACGAUGCAGAGAUGCGCGAGCACCCGGAGGACCCGACGCGUCGCAGCGGCGUGCGCUACACCAUCAUGCAGCGCAAAACGCGCGAGCUGCAGACGUACGAGGUGGAGCGGGCCCUCAUCGCGGUCGGGCGCCACCCAAACUACUACGGGCUCGGGCUGCAGAACACACAGUGUACGCUGCGCAACGGGACGCUCGUACUCGACGCGUACGGCAGGUGCAUGGGGCAGAGCCACAUCUACGCCGUCGGCGACGCGGCUGACGACUCCAAGCUGGUGAGCGUCGGUGAGGCGAAAGGGCGGCUCGCGGUGGACCACAUGUUCAGCCUGCAGCUGGUCGAGCCGCCGUCGACAAGCUUCACGCGGCUCGUCUUCCUCACCGUCGCCCUCGCCGGGGUCGGUAUGAACGAGCAGGAGUGCCGCAAGCAGCGGGUAUCGUACGUGAUGGCAAAGUACGGCUUCGAUCUUUGCAGCCGCACCAUCGCCGCCGACUGCACCGCGGGCUUCGUGAAGAUCCUUGCCACCAACGACAGUAGGAAGACCUUGCUAGGGGUGCGGGUGGUGGGCAUGAACGCAAGCACCAUCAUCGAGCUCGCCUCCGCCGCCAUUCGGCGCAAGCAGACGGCGUACGAGCUGUGUGAGCUGCUCACGGCAUACCCCUCCGUCUCGCAGGCGUUCCUCGAGUGCCUGCGCGUCAUCCUCGGCUGUUCGACGCUGAAGCCCGGCACAUUCCCCAACCUCGUGUGCGAGACGUGGACGCCGUCGGAUUACGUGCGAGGCCGCGCCCAUGUUGAACACGCACCACCAGCAGCAGUAGCAGCAGCAGCAGCAGCCGCACACGAAGAGGGGGAUGCGCAGGCAACGACGCAGACUUACCGGGAGCAUUUCCCACACACGUUGACGGAGGGGCGGCACGAGGCAAAGGCAGACACUUCGGCUUCCCUUUCUCAUCCCUCCUCCUCCUCUUCCUCCUCCUCAGUUGCUUCUUCGCCUUCGUCGUCUGGCCGGACGGCUUCCGCUUCAUCUUGUAAGGACCCCCUUCCCGGGGCGUUUUUCUUCCAUUGA